AUGGCCCUGGCAAUACCCAGCCAAGCUGCCCCGGGGGCGGACCUCAAUGGUACAACCACCUCCAAACCCACGCCAGCAACGACCUCCGAGUCAGGAUCUGCCGCAGGCGCGGCCGCGAGCCCCGAGCCGUCACCCUCCCCCUCACCCAACGUCGCCAUCGUGCCGGGGUACCGUCCGGGGGUCCUCGGCCGCACGCUGGAGAUGCACAUGGACCACUACUCCCGGUCGCACGGGUUCGGGCCCAAGUUCGAGGGCGGGCUGGCGACGGGGAUCGGCGAUCUGGUGAAGCGGCUGGACAGGCCCGUCAACGAGGUGUGGUCGGCCGUGAUCACUGUACCACAAAUUCAACCCCGCGAUGGCGCGGUGGUGGUGGAGCGCAUCGUCGGCGUGGUUUACGUCGACGGCGAGUGCUCCGGCCAAGAAGGCGUUGCCCGCCUGCGGUGCUUCAUCGUGGAUGAGUCGGCGCGUGGGUUGGGCGUUGGCCGAAAGCUCCUCGACGCGGCCAUGGAGUUUGUGCGAGAGAAAGGGUUCCGCGAGUGUCAGCUGUCGACGCUGAGCAGCUUAACCACGGCGAGGAGCAUGUAUGAGAAGGCCGGGUUCAAGCCGGUCGGGGAGAAGUGGCUGGAUACGUUUGAGAAGGGGACCAUGUCGGUGGACUAUGCCUGGCGACGACCCGAGUCGGUUUGA